AUGGCGGCCAUGGCCGGGAGUGGAGCGUGGCCAGCCAUGCUGACCUUGAUGCUGGGACACGCGGGAUGUCCUGCGUUCGCCUCCACGCGCAUCAAAGUGGCAGGCUCCUCUACGGUGUUCCCCGUGGCCAAUGCGUGGGCGACGUCGAUGGAGAAUGCCAGCAGCUUCGACAUCACCAUAGAAGGUGGAGGUUCAAGCUCUGGUGCCAGACGGGUUUGUGCUGGCCGUUCAGAUCCUAGCCAUGUGGAUAUUGGUGACAUGUCCCGUGAUUGGAAGAGCAGCGAGGCUGUGUUGCUAGAUGAUGGCUACACCUUCGAAUGUACCUCCUCAAAGAUUCGUGUGACCCAAAUUCAGGUGGGCGUGGAUGGCCUCGCGGUGGUCGUCGGCAAGAACAGCCGUGCGCAUGAUUGUUUGACCAGCCCGGACGUGGGAGGACUCACGCUGGCCAUGCUGCACUGGAUUUUCACCAAUUGGACCAACAGUCAGCUCACCGCCGACGGGGUGAACCUCGCCUCGGCGGUGCCCAACGAUGACGGAGAUGGCAUCAAGGAGUGGAGCGACCUGUCCUCUGCGUGCGAUGAGGUGCCCAUCAAUGCCUACGGUCCAGGCUCGGACUCUGGUACCUUCGACUUCUUCGCAGAAAAGACCUUGUGCACGGACUGCUUUGGAUUGAAGGCCGGCAAAGUCCCUGAGGACUUCCAGUGGUGUUCCAGCAAUGCAUUGCACACAUUGGAACAGGUGAACGGCACAGAUGUUGAGGCCUUGCAGAACUACAUGCAGACGCAGCGACCCUUGAAUUGCUACAUGUCCUCUGAGUCUGAUUACCAGCUGGUCCAAUGGCUGUCCUCAGAUGCAGGUGGCAUUGGCUACUUCGGCUACAGCUACUACAGCCAAUUCGCCUCGCGCCUGACGGUCGCGCGCGUCGCCAGCGACCGGGAGAAUGGAGUGCUGGACACCAAGGAUGCCAAGGUGGAACCAUCGACAUAUACCAUCACAGAUGGUUCCUACAGCGUCUACAAGAGAAAACUCUACAUGAAUGUGGACAAUGAAGCCUGGGAUCGUGUGCAUCCUUACCUUAGCUAUGGCUUCAGCCCGAAGGGCCAAAAACAUGUGGCCACCGUGGGCUACGUGCCAGUGAACGCGGCCUUGUUGGCCAAGAAGAUACGAAGCAAAGAGAGGGGAAACGAAGAGGCAGAUUACAUCUCCGUGGCUCCAAGCAACUGCCCUGUGGGCACUGAGCUCAGCGCAAUUCCAUACGUGAAUCAGUUUGGUACUGACAAGGUCAAUUACACCUGCUCCUUGUGCCCUCCAGGACGUUACAAGUUCCUCGACACGCCGACGCCGUGCUCCUAUUGCCCGGCGGGCAAGUAUGCCGACCAACCAGGGCUAGCCGACUGCCUCUUUUGCGAGCCGGGCUAUGAGCCGGUCAACGGCGUGCAAUGUCAGCCCUGCCAGCCAGGCUCUUACAAGAAAGAGGUGGCGGCGGCGACGUGCUCCCUCUGUGAGCCGGGAACCUUCACCAACCGUUCCGCGCAGGCGGACUGCGAGUUCUGCCUGGCUGGCUUCUUCUCAAUCGAGGGGUCGACCGGGUGCACUGCAUGCCCAAAGAAUGAGAUUGCGCCACUUCCGAAGACUGGGCAAUGCACGGCCUGUGGCGCAGGAUUCAGCACCAGUGACGUAGGAUCCACCAGCUGUUUCAGAUGUAAGGUGGGUGCCUUUCGCUUCAAUGAAACGUCGUGCGUGGCGUGUCCUGGUCGCAAGACCACGGCGUAUCAAGGUGCAGCUACAGUGGCCGAGUGCAUUUGUCCAAGGACAACAUACUUGGUGAAUGGCCUGCGGGACCAAGACAAGCAACAUAUUCCAUCUGGCACUUGCUCAGAUUGCGGGGAGGGUUUGGACUGUGCCUUGGGCAGUGACUUCCGCAACUUUGAAGAUUUCGCGAGCGGGCUGUCAGAGCCAGAUCCUCUUCAGGAGAACCCCUUCCCAGUGGUUGAAGCGGGCUACUUUGCCAAGAUUGGGGCGCUGACCCAAGUUUACAAGUGUGGCAGACCUGAGUAUUGCCCCGGAGGAUUGCCCGGAAGCUGCGUAAAGGGUCGGAUCGGUUUGCUGUGCGGCCAUUGCACGGCAGGGCAGAAGUGGACGGGUGAGGAGUGCGAAAAUUGUGGUGUGAUGGACAGCUUCGCGUUCUUGUUCGUCUGGAUCUGUUUGUUCCUGGCCGUGCCGAUCUUCUACUACUUCAUGAACUCUCCAGUGAGUGCCAAGGCGUCGACCCUCCUGAGCACCACCGUGGCCUUCGGGAUGACCCUGACGCUGCUGCAGACGGUGGGCCUGGUGGGCUUCGUUGGCAUGAAAUGGCCGCCCUACAUGCAAAGCCUCGUCGGCUUCGUAUCCAUUUUUAUGUUGGACUUGGAGGCCUUGAACUUCGAUUGCUUUGGAGCCACUCCGGUGUCGUCCUAUGUCACAAGCGUGCUUUUCUGGCCAGGAGCUUUGCUGUGGUUGUUUCUUUGCGCUGCGGCCAGCGGUUGCCUACCUAAACGUUUCUACAAGUAUCGCUUUGUGACAGCCAAAGCGGUGAGCACCGCUGGGCAGAUCUUUCAGAUGGGAUUCACCAUCAUGUCGAAGACGGCCUUGAUGCCCUUCAUGUGCUACACCCAUCCCAAUGGCAAGUCGAGCGUCCUGGAGGUCACCGAUGUGAUUUGCUGGGAGGGGGAGGAACACAUUAUUUUGGUGAUUUUUGGCGUUUUCAUGACGGGAACCAUGAUCCUUUACUGGUGCACCUUGGUGUUUGCCACACGGGUGGCUCCCCUCCGCUCCGCGGUGAACGACACCUUCUUCCUCGCAGCGAGUCGCUUUCUCUUCUUCCGCUUCCGGCCGGACUAUUGGUGGUAUGGCACUUGGUUCAUUUUGCGUGGGCCCUUGCUAACCCUGCCCAUCGUCAUCUUCACGGACCUUCCCCAAGUGCAGCUCUUCAUCAUGACAGCGGUCUUGGAAAUCUACAUGGUGAUCCAACUGGUGACCUGGCCUUGGAAGACUCCCAUCAUUAAUCUGGCCGAUGGCUUGAUGAGCAUGUUGCUGAUCUUGCUGCUGGCCGUCGGCUCGGCCUUCCUCGACGCCUUAGAGGGGCAGGUGAAGGCGACCUACUCCGUACUCGCGGUGCUCAUCUUGGGGAGUCUGUACUCCGUGACCUUCGUCUUGCUGUGUUUGGUGCUGGCGGCCUUCUUCCACAAGUCCGCCAUGGGCAGUCACAAUGAGCUUACGGUGCUUACACUUGGGAAGCCCCCCUCGACAGAGGAUUUGGUGAGGGGCCUUGAGGCGCUCUGCUUUGGCUUGGAUGAGGCAGACUAUGCUUUCAUCUACGAUACCAUGGAGGAGUUCAAUGUCUAUGACCGCCGCAUGCUGGCCAGCAUCUUAACCACCCUGGCACCCUACUUCGACAACGACGAGCGCAUGCGGAUGCUGCAGCAGUUCCGUAUUUCUACACAUUCCAUCUCCACCUACCAGAGUGAGACGAACAGCGAGCGGAGCAGCCGCAGCAAUCGGAGUAUCCGUUCCACAAACCGAUCGACGAUUGGAGCAAUCGAGGAAGCUCCGAAGCCAGGGGAAGAGGGGCAGCAGAUACACUCGGACGGCGUGGAAACCAGCAUACGAUCGACAGGAAGAUCCACAAGGCUUCCAUCUGAUGAGAUUACCAAGCCUUGGUUUAUGGAUGAAGCCACGGCGGCCGCGGCACACAGAGAGGAGAGGAUGGCUCGAAUUGAGGCAGAGAAUGAAGCCCAGUUUCAAGAGGAGCUCAAAACGACUGACAUUUGA